AAGACAAAGUCAAAAAAGGCAUUUACUGUCAGCAUGUUCAGUCUCCUCCAUACUCCACGGCCACUCUACUUAUUCCACUACGUCUCUACUCUCUCACAAACUUCAACACAAUUCUCAAAUCUCUCACUUACAUUUUUCUCUUUCUUUCUUCGUACUAUCAUGUCUUCGAAAAUAAGUACAAAUGGUUCCACCAUUAACAACAACAACAACAACAACAUACAAAGCUCCUCCUCGCCGAGAAACCGGCAAAGUUGUCGGAGAAGACUACGUCGGCGAGGAAGCUUUACAAUGUUGUACCGGCGGCAGUUACUGUUGCUUGUCCCUCUUCUUUACUUUACUGGACUUAUAAGCUUUUAUCUACUACAACAUUAUUCAGGUUUAGCACCUGGUGCUGUUUAUCGCAGUCAUGAGAUUUUUCAGAAGCUUUGGGUUGAUAUUGAAGCUGAUAACUCUUCUACAGUUGAGCUAUCUUCUGUCUGGAUAUACAAAAGGAAGCUAAAAGAGAAAAGACCCUGUUCCAUUGGGACUACUGCCUCAAGUAAAGAUUCUCCUGGAGCCAAUCUUUACUUAAUUGUUGAUGCCAAUGGUGGCCUCAAUCAGCAGCGAUCAUCGAUAUGCAAUGCAGUAGUCAUUGCUGGGCUAUUGAAUGCCACAUUACUUAUUCCUCGUCUGGAAUUUCACAAUGUCUGGAGGGAUUCGAGUGAGUUUGGUGAUAUUUAUGACGAGGACCAUUUCAUAUCCACCCUUAAAGAUUAUAUUACAGUGGUCAAAGAACUGCCAGCAGAACUGAUGGAGAGAUAUUCUAAUAUCAGCAAUAUUUGGAAUUUGCGAGUCCAAGCUUGGGCACCCCCAAGAUAUUACCUGGAAGAGGUUUAUCCCGUCUUGCUUAAGCGGCGGGUUGUUCGUAUUUCCCCCUUUGCUAAUAGAUUGUCAAUGCAUCUUCCAUCUCAUCUUCAGUUCCUGAGAUGUUUGUCCAAUUAUGAAGCUUUGAGGUUCUCAUUGGUCAUAUCAGCACUUGCAAAGAAGUUGGUCAAGCGCAUGAUUGACAGGAGCUCUAAUUCUGUUGGGAAGUAUAUUUCUGUCCACCUUCGGUUUGAGGAGGACAUGGUAGCCUUUUCAUGCUGUAUUUAUGAUGGAGGACGGGUUGAAAAGUCAGAAAUGGAUGUAGUACGUGAGAAGGGAUGGGGAAAGAAGUUCAAACAAAAAUAUCGUGUUGUUGCACCUGGUCUCAACCGUAUAAAUGGAAAAUGUCCUAUGACCCCUGUAGAGGUUGGGAUGAUGCUCAGGGGUAUGGGAUUUGCCAAAGAUACUCCAAUCUAUUUGGCUUCUGGGAAGAUUUACCAGGCAGAUAGAUAUCUAGCACCUCUGCGGAAGAUGUUCCCUCUCCUACAAACCAAGGAGACUUUGGCAACCAAAGAUGAGCUUGCUCCAUUUGAGGGUUAUUCAUCAAGACUAGCUGCUGUGGACUACCUAGUAUGCUUGUUUAGUGAGGUAUUUGUAACCACUCAAGGGGGAAACUUCCCUCAUUUUUUGAUUGGUCAUAGAAGGUACCUUUUCAAUGGACAUGCCAAGUCUAUCAAACCUGAUAAAAUCAAGCUUGUAAAUUUAUUGCAGAACACAAGUAUAAGCUGGAUUGAUUUCAAGGAUCAAAUGGGCUCAAUGCUGGCCGAAAGUGAUAGGAAGGGCAUAAUGGUACCUAGAGUUAAAAAGUCCACCAGAAAAGGUUCUAUCUAUUCGAAUCCUUUGCCUGAAUGCAGGUGCCUUUGGGAGUCAAAAAGAACUACCAACCGUAGCAAUUCGUACCUCAUGGUAGAUCGCUGAGAUUGGUCCAUAGUUCUAAGUUUCCUGUGAUUUGAGCAGUCUAAAUUGGGAUCCUUUUGCAAGCACCAGUUACUCUUCUGGUUUGCUUGUUACCUCUGUUACCGGUAACAAAGUCUCCACAUGCUACCAUGCUAUUUCCAAGGAUACAAGUAUGCUUCCAGCUUAUCAUUAUGGGGUCUGUCACUUUAUGUGCCUAAGGAAAGUGGUAGAAUAGAGCGAAAGAGCAAGUCCAGCGUUGAUUACAGGAAUCAAAGAUUGUUGAAGCAUCUCAGUCGAGAUCAUAAGAAUUGGCCUCCAGUUUUGCCUUAGCCAGCGAGGCAGGCAGGACAUUUGAUCUAUCUGGAGUUGAUAUAUCAGUUCUCAGAUCCUAAAGGUUUCAGCUAUAAUUUCUCUAGUCUAGAUUUUUGGUUCGUUCUUCUUCUUAGGUUUUGUUACUGCCUUCACAUUGCUUUUGAAAUUUUGUGCUCGUAAUCUACUAGUUGUAAUGCUACAAGUUUUCUAAUGAUUAAAUUUCAAGAUUUAUCUCCAGCGUUUCUACCUUAGCAAGUGUCAAGGAUUUUUGUAGUACUUUUAUAUAGUAUUGGACUGAGAUGAGAUUAAAUGGAG